CGCAUUUGUCCGUACAUGUCACUCUGCCUCCGGAUUUUCCCUCCCUCCUUCCCUCCUCUCCUCUCCUUCCCUCCCUUCUUUCCCUACAUGUGUCAUUUUACAUCUCCUUACCCCGCCGGCUGCAGCAGCAGCAGCAGCAGUCUGCCCUCAUCACUCUUCCUCUCUGCACCUCCCGCUCUGCGAUCUGUCAAGAAAAAGAAGGAAACAUUAGGGGGGAGAAAUUCACUUUAUAUCAGGCUGGAUUCACUCGUCUUCACCAAUGGAUGGAGUUUGUCGCCCAGGCUGCGCAGUGACUUCCUGAAAACUUCGUACACCGUGCUGGGCGCUCCUCUGGAAAUCUACACUGGGAUGGAGCAGUGCGGAGGCAGAGGAGGGGGGCCGGAGAGCCCCGACCUUCAGGACAGAGCCAGCCCAGAGGAGCGGGGGGCAAAACCCGAGAGCCCAGCCGCCGCCGGCGGACCCCCGCAGUGCAAGGUGAGCCGUCUGGAGGUGAACGGCAGCCCGGCUACUCCGCAGAUCCAGCAGAACGGCAGCGCACCGCUGAGACCUUUAGGAGGCUUGAUGAUCCCCGUCUACUGCGUGGUGGAGCACGCGGACGCCGGCGGGGACUGCGAGGGCCGCGGCGACCGUAACGCCGAGUUCGUCCUGGUGCGUAAAGACGUGCUCUUCACGCAGCUGGUGGAGACGGCCCUGGUGGCCCUGGGAUACUCGCACAACUCGGCGGUGCAGGCUCGGGGCAUCAUUAAAGUAGGACGAUGGAAGCCGAUGCCCAUCCAUUACCUGACGGACGCUCCAGAGGCAACGGUGGCGGACAUGUUGCUGGAUGUUUACCACAUGGUUACACUGCGCAUCCUUCUGCACAGCUUUUCCCGGCUGGAGGAUCUGCCGUCGGAGCAGUGGACCCACGCCACAGUGAGAAACGCCCUCAAAGAGCUGCUCAGGGAAACCAACCAGAGCACCUUGGCCAAGGAGUGCCCUCUCUCCCAGAGUAUGAUCUCAGCCAUUGUGAACAGUUCCUACUACGCAAACGUCUCCACCUCCAAAUGCCACGAGUUUGGCCGCUGGUACAAGAGAUACAAACGCUUCAAAGGUGAAUACAGCGAGAAGAUGUGGUCGUCGCUGGACAAGUCGGAUAUUAAAGUGGAGAGGGAUCUGGACCUGAGCGUCCUCAACCACCGUCCUCCACCUCUGCUGCCCUCUCCCAGCCACUUGGCCUCCUUAGGCGCUCCAGGAGCCCUCCCCGUCAAGAGCAGCCUCGGAGACGCUCACUCCCCCACCCAGCCUCACAGCCUGCCCCACCCGGCCGGCCCCAACCACCCGAGACCCCCUCUGCGUCCGCAGGCCCAGAGCCUGCUGGGUCACGGCGGGCUGCUGUCGCCGCAGCUCUCCCCUCAGCUCGUCCGGCAGCAGCUCGCCAUGGCGCACCUCAUCAACCAGCAGCUGGCCGUCAGCCGCCUGCUCGCCCACCAGCACCCGCAGGGGGUCAACCAGCAGUUCCUCAACCACCCCCCCAUCUCGCGGAGCUGCAAGGUUCCCGGGGCGGCCGCGGACCCCGGCCUGAGCUGCCCGGGCGCCGAAGUCUCCGCGGACAUCUAUCAGCAGGUCAGGAACGAGCUGAAGAGGGCGAGCGUUUCUCAGGCCGUGUUCGCCCGCGUGGCUUUCAACCGCACACAGGGGUUGCUGUCGGAGAUCCUCCGUAAGGAGGAGGAUCCUCGCUCGGCCUCGCAGUCUCUGCUCGUCAACCUGAAGGCGAUGCAGAACUUCCUCAACCUGCCAGAGGCCGAGCGAGACCGCAUCUACCAGGAGGAGCGAGAGAGGAGCACCAGCACCAACCACAACCACGGCGCCACCCACAUCUCUGGCAGCGGCGGCGGCAGCAGCACGCUCAGACACACACAGACAAAAUGCAGCAUCUCCAGCCCAGAGCUGCAGCUGAAGCUGGACUCGCUGGUGAACAUCACGCCAGGGAUCUACGAGGAGAUCCAGCAGGAGAUGAAGCGGGCCAAGGUCUCCCAGGCGCUCUUUGCCAAGGUGGCCGCCAACAAGAGCCAGGGUUGGUUAUGCGAGCUGCUCAGGUGGAAAGAGAGCCCAAGCCCGGAGAACCGCACUCUGUGGGAGAACCUGUGCACCAUCAGACGGUUCCUGGCCUUACCCCAGGUCGACAGAGACCAGGUCUAUGAAGAAGAGUCCAGGCAGCAGCACAGUGACAGACUCCACACUGUCCUGCACAUCCCCGACCAGCAGAUUUUCCACCGACAGCCUCUUCCUCCGUUAACGGCGCCAUCCCCAGUUCACGAGGAGCCUCAGCCCGUCACCCUGCUGCCAGCUCUCCAGGGCCCAGAGGAAGCGCCGCAGCGAGGCCUGAGUCCCGGCCUCGGAGGCGGAGGGGCAAAGAAGUCCAGAUCUCGGACAAAGAUCUCCCUGGAGGCCUUGGGGAUCCUGCAGAGCUUCAUUGGAGACGUGGGACUCUACCCAGACCAGGAGGCCAUUCACACUCUGUCAGCCCAGCUAGACCUUCCCAAACACACCAUUGUGAAGUUCUUCCAGAACCAGCGCUACAACGUCAAACAUCAUAGUCAGGCCAGAGAACCCGUCUCCGGGGAGGACGACCGGGAGAGCUCAAGCCCCAGCGAAGCCCCAGGGAGGGAGGAGGGGGCUCUCUCCCCUUCUGAGGAGUCGAGCGAAGAUGGCAGAGGUUCAGUGGAGAUGUUCAGAACAGAAGCAGAGGCUGCAAUGGAGGUGGAGAAGGAAGAGGGGGACGAUGGAAAGACCUCCGGACAGGCGACUUCCUCUCUGUCUCCCUACAGCAGCGUGGACAGCCCCCACUCUGCUGAGCAGCAGAGAUAACGGCAGGGUACCAUCAAACUGUGAGGACCACACACAAAGCCUGUGAAGAACCGAUCCGCGUCAUCCCGAUCGCCCGUACCAGAGCUGAUGAUCAGAGCUCGUUAAUAUCUGAACAGCCGGACAAGUAUUUAUGUGAAGACUGACUGAGCGGUGGUCUGAGUGUCGGAUGAGUUGCCUUUUGGGUUGGAUGUGGCCCGCAUAGGAUUUUCUCACUUUUUUAUUUUUUAAGUUCAUCCCAAGCUCUAUGGUUCUACGUUGACAGAAAUAAUAAUCAAAAAUGUUAAUUAAUUUAACAGAGAGCGAUUAUUCAUCUUGUUUGAUUCUAUAGAUGAAUUAAAAAAAAAAUUGUAUCCAAACAUGAACCACCGUCUUGUUUUCGGCUAAUUUUGACUUGCAAAAGUUGCAUUAAACUGCUGCUAAACCAA